CUUUGCCUCCAAUCUAACAAUUUCGAAAUAUUCAAUUCAGAUGGCUCCCACGUGAAGGUCGGAGGAUUUGCAGUAUCAGGGAACGAGUGUGGAACAUGAAUUCAAGACCGCUAUUGAGAGCGACCGGUCGCCGUACCGAACCCUUCUUCCAACAUCAAAAUCUCGGCCAUACGCGAUGCUACCGCUACACUCGUCUAUCACCACAUCGACCAGAACUCCGCUUCCUAGAUCGGCCGGUUCGGAGACAACUACAAUAUCGCCAUGCGUCCUCAUGGCAGGAGAUCAAACGAGCGGCGAGAGAACACCCGUACACAAUGACGCUAGGAGUUACAUGCGUUGGCAUCAGUCUAAGCAUACUCGGCUGGUUCGUCUGGUGGUACACGAAAUAUGUUAUCCCGUCGUAUGAGAAUAUCCCAGACCCCGUGGCGGAAAAGCUGCGGCGCGCGAUCUAUUUUACGAAUAUCCAACUCGACGUACGGAAGGCCAACAGGUAUUAUCGCGAGGCGCUGGAGAAGGCGCAGGAGUGUGGGAUGGACCAGUGGUCAGACGAAGUGAUGGGCAUCAAGAUUAUGGUGGCAUUCUUAUUUGAAAAGGCGAACGACUACGCAACGUCGAUCCGCGUGCUUGAGCUGGUCAAGCGAGACGCUUUGAGAUGGCUGGAGAAGGAAGGGAAAGAUCACAUGGCCGACGGGAGGAGGACGAGAGUUUUGGCGAAGGCAUGCGGGAUCUCGGGGAAAUUGGGGGAGCUAUAUGGAAGCCCGUGGAUAGAGGAUUUUGAUAAGUCACAUGCGGAGCUGCUUUGGGCUGUCGAGACGGUGUUGAAAGAGCAGAAGAGGAGAAACACGGAGGGUGUAAAAGAAGGAGAGGGAGAGUGGAUGGAUGAUGAAGAGAUUGGGGGAUCGAUGGAAGCACUUGCGAGAUCCUACCAAGAAAAGAACCAACAUUAUUUGGCGGCCCCGUUGUACCUACAAGCUCUUCGACAUUGCCCCUCCGAUUCCUGCCAUUCCGUUGUUCUCAUGACAAAUCUUGCCUCGGCGAUUGCAGAACAAAGACCACCCUCAUCCGACUCCGCUAAAUCUAUGGAUAUGCCCUCUCUGACAGAACAAGCCCGAUUGUGGCUUCAGAAAUCAUUAGACCUUGCAAAGAUCAUCCCUCCCGACCAGUACAGCUCGGAGUGUGAUGAGGGCAGGGUUGCUGCUUUGCACAAUCUUGGCGAAUUAGCAGAGAGAGGAAACCGAUUGCAUGAGGCGAAGCGGAGUUACGAGGAGGCAAAGACCAUUGCCAAAGGUGUGGGAUUUGAAGAGGGCCUUAAAGAGGCUACAAUCUCAUUAAAUCGGGUUCAGAAAGCUUUGGCUGUUUGAGACAUCCAUAAGCACUUGAGCAGGUGCUCUGUCGGGUCUGUAUGUGUCACUCAGGCACCGCUCUACUCGAUCUGUUGCGAAUAUUGUACAAUAAAUCCAACUUGGCGGAGUUCCUGUUAGAACCCGCAAAUACCGCAUUGGGAGCAAUCUGAACGCCUCUUGCACGACAAAGGAAUAAGCCAUGACACGACAUAAAAGCGAAUAUGAAC